AACUUGCGAAAUUAUAGUUUUUAAUUACGCCAGAUUAAAAAUUACUGCUAUUGAAUUGAAUCGUCAUGAGUAAAAGCAACUCGUCAACCGGCGAUCCCACCGGUGAAAAGGGAAAGAACCUUCAGCUACUGACGGAUCCGAAGUAUGUCACCAAAGCAACGGAAAUCGUCGAACCCCUUCCGAGCGGGGAAGUGGACCGAAACCUGGACACCGUUCUGGAGGCAGUAAAAACCGUCGAUCAAACGUGCGAUUUCAAGCGCUGCAAGCAGAAAACCAACAUGAUGGGAACGAGCUGCGAGUUCUGCCGGCAGCGGUUCUGCUUCCGGCAUGGCCUACCGGAGGUGCACGGCUGCGGGGAUGCCGUCCGGAAGCAGGAGCGAGAAGAGUUCCUGCACCCGCUGCCCGCUAAAACCGUACAGGCACAGGAGGAUCUCAAAAAGGCGCACGGUCGGCUCGAUCAGAAGCUGAAGCAGAUGAAUCUGAGCCGGAAGGCCAAACCAAGCGGCGGGGGAGUGCCGGCGGCACCGUCGUCAUCAUCGGGACGUGGUCGGGGAGGGACACGCCGGGCGAAGUCUUGAAUUAUGCUUUAUUCAAAUACUUGGAAAGUUCAA